GACCCGGCCGCGAUCCGCGCCGAGAUCCUGCCGGCCUGCCCCGGCGCCACGGAAAUCGGCGACCGGCGCGCGGCCAUUCAUUUUGCGCUUGCCCGGCUCGACGCCGGCGAUGUGUUGGUGAUUGCCGGAAAAGGCCACGAAACCGGCCAGAUCGUCGGCGACACCGUCCUGCCGUUCGACGAUCGCGAGGAGGCGAUCGCCGCGACCGGCGGCAGCGGCCCCGCCGGCUGGCGGGCCAACGGCGUGUCGAUCGACAGCCGCACGGUCCAGGCCGGCGACCUCUUCGUGGCGCUGGAGGGGCCGACCUUCGACGGCCACGACUUCGUGGCCGACGCCCUGGCCAAGGGAGCGGCCGCGGCCGUGGUGCACCGCCGGCCGAGCGGGGAGCUCGCCGGGGCGGCCCCGCUGCUGUCGGUCGACGACACCCUGGAGGCGUUGCGCGCCCUCGCCCGCGCCGCCCGGCAGCGCAGCCGGGCGCGGGUCUGCGCCGUCACCGGCUCGUCGGGCAAGACCUCGACCAAGGAGGCGCUGCGGGCCUGCCUCGCCGCCCAGGGCGAGACCUUCGCCAGCGCCGCCAGCCUCAACAACCACUGGGGCGUGCCGCUGUCGCUGGCGCGGCUGCCGCGCAGCGCCGCCUUCGGCGUCUUCGAGCUGGGCAUGAACCACGCCGGCGAGAUCGCGCCGCUGUCCGAGCUGGUCCGCCCCGACGUGGCGGUGAUCACCACCAUCGGCCUGGCCCAUAUCGAGUUCUUCGACAGCCAGGCGGGGAUCGCCGACGCCAAGAGCGAGAUCUUCGCCGGCAUGGGGCCCGAGGGCACCGCC